AUGGCAACAUCUCAUCCAUUACCAGAGCCAAACGACGGAAAUCUUGAGACAUUCUCGGUCGUCUGGCUUGAUGCUGCUAUUAACGAUACGAAAUUUAUCAAUGCUCAACGUCGAAUUGGUAAAUCUAUUCAUUAUUUGAAGACGUUCACUAAAGUUGACGACUGUGAGAAGUAUCUUAAAUCUAUGCAUGAAGGUGAUCGAAUUGUUUUGAUUGAUGGUGUCACCGAAGAGUUAGAUGAAGUCGUAGUUCUAGUUCUGUCCAUCCAAGAUAAAUCAAGAAUUCAGCGUAUUCUUGACCAGCCACUAGCAUUAGACAUUUUUGACACAAGAGCUAACCAAGGAAAAUCAUCGACUGAACUCAACGGACAGUUUGUGCAUUCGCAAUUGUUAAUAAAUUGCUUAAUGCGAAUGAGGUCGACUCCAAAUGAUAAAGCCGACUUCGUUUCUUUCCUCAAGAAAGCCUACGCACACAAUGAGUCUAAUUUGACGAUUGUUCGAGAAUUCGAACGCGAUUAUACACCUAAUCAAGCCCUUCAUUGGUAUACGAGGCCAUGUUUUCUUUUCCAAAUAUUAAACAAAGCACUUCGUGUACAGAACGUUGACGUACUCUAUCUUAUUCGAUUUUUCAUUCGUGAUGUUGGCCGGCAACUUGAAGAAUAUAAAUUGAUAUCACCAAUUACACUUUACCGAUAUCAGUUGAUGUCAAAAGAGGAACUUGACGCAUUGAGAAAUUCUGUCGGACAACUCAUAUCCGUGAAUUCAUUCUUUUCAACGAGUCGUGAUCGUGACAUAGCAUUUUUUCUUUUGAGCGCCGCAGGCCCAUCAAAUAAUGAUUGUCAAAAAGUUAUAUUUGAAAUACAUGCUGAUCCUCGACUCGAAAGUAUUAAAGCUUUUGCCGACAUAACUUCAUUUAGCGCUAUUCAAAAUGAAGAAGAAGUACUUAUGACGUUGGGGUCGAUCUUUCGACUCGUCAGCAUCCGUCGCCACGACCUAGGAUGGGUCAUACAAAUGAGAUUGUGCAGCGAAAAUGAUCAUGAUUUAAAGCCUAUAAUUGAUAAAAUAAAAUACGACGUCUAUGGUGAUGACAAUGCAAGGAGUAAUGCUGGUACAUAUGGUCACGUACUAUCGUUGAUGGGAAAAUACAGUGAAGCUGAAAAAUAUUUUAAUCUGAUUCGUAGUGAAUUAUGUCCUGAUGAUAAGAAACUAGGUGCCUGUUAUCAAAAUCUUGCUAUAUUAGCUGCAAAAAAAGGAAACCAUGAUAAAUCUCUCGAAUUAGAACAAAAAGCACUCGCAAUAAAAAGAGAAAAACUUGGAUCAGAUGAUCCACAUGUUGCUGAUGUACUCUGUAAUAUGUCCGGUAGUUAUUACGAAAAAGGUGAUUACAAACAAGCGCUUGAAACAUGCAACAAUGCUUUGGCUAUUUACAAGCGAACUCUCGGUGAAGACGAUCUCAAAAUAGCUGGAUGUUACUUGAAUAUGGGUAGUAUUCAUGAGAAAAUUGGGAAAAAUAUCGAAGCACUUGAGUAUUUUCAUAAAGCAUUGUCCAUUCAAGAGAAACAUCUUCCUUCAGAUCAUUACAGUUUGGGUCAAUCGCAUCAGAACAUUGGAAUGCUUCAGUACUUGCUCGGACAUUCUGAAGUUUCAUUGGAGCACUUCAAAAAAGCUCUUCAAACUUAUGAAAAAUCUUGCGCUUCACAAGAUAUCAACUUUGCAUAUACAUAUUAUGGUAUGGGAUGUGUUUACAUCAGUGAAAAGAUGUUCUCAGAAGCACUCAUGUAUUCAAACAAAGCUCGUGAUAUCUUUCUUAAGCAGUUGCCUCCUAGUCAUCCUUCAGUUUUUGCAGUCGAACGAAACAUUCAACAUAUUAAACGAUUUACUAAGUGA